AUGGGCCUCUUAAUUCAGGCCCAGAGCUCUGGCAGUGCCAUAAACAGCGCUGUGGACAUUGAGCUGGGGCUUCACCUCAAAGACAGUGAUCACCCUUUACAAGGAGCAUGUAUUGCUAUCAUUUAUAGCUGUUAUAAUUGAGACCCUGAUCCGGGACUGGGGCUCCACUGUGCCGAACACAGAAGGAAAACGGCGUUAAGCAUUGAUGAGGAUGGCAAAGUGACUAAAACACCAGAAGGCCCUGGCAAAGACCGCAAGAAACCAAAGGGGAUGGAGGAGACCAAAGCCAUGAAGGAGGUCUCUCGCACGCCGCCCAUCCCAACGAGCCAGCAGUCUCCAGCAUGUCACCACAGGGACCAGCCUUUGGCCGCUCACCGCGUUCCUUUUGUCGCCCAUUUUGGGGGCCGUCAGCCCAGCUCCUUCAAGUUUCUCUUCUACAAACCAAGUUACUCCAACUCGUACAGCCCCUUCUACACUGCGCAGAGGCCGACCUGCGGGUACCACUACCACCACAACACCGAUCACACCAGGAAGGUGACGGACAUCGCGAGUGCAAACAUUGUGAAAUGGAGACCCAUCCUAGGCACAAAGCCGUAG